UAUUUUGGCGGUUGUGUGGCAAACAUGGCGGAAGAUUUGAAAGAUGGAGUGGCUGUGUCAGAUUGCAGAGUGCCAUGUAAGAUGUCCUGGGAUGAGCUGGAGGCGCUAUGUCGCACAGAGAGGCUCCACUGUAAACAGCUUGGGGUGAACAGAACCAACGUCAAUGAGUAUGAGGUCGAGUUCCUCUGUGACUACAAGAAGACUAAGGAGGAGGAAUUCUAUCUGGUUAAAUGGAGGGGAUUCCCAGAGUCAGAUAAUAGUUGGGAACCCAAGAAGAACCUCAAAUGCCCCAAACUGAUAAAGCAGUUCCAUCAGGACCUUGAUCAGGAACUGAGGCGCCACAAGCGACGCUGCAUCCCUAAAAAGCUAGAUAAGGAAGUCACCUCAAUCCUCCUCCAGAAAGCUAAACUCCGUCAGAGUCUGCAGCUCUGGGAGACCCAUUUGAAUCAGACUCGGAACCACCCAGGUCACAUUUUCGUCGUUAACGAAGUGGACCUUGAGGGUCCUCCAAAAAACUUCACCUACAUCAACAACUACAAAGUAGGCCAGGGCAUAGUGUUAGAUGAGAUGGCUGUGGGUUGUGAGUGUAAGAACUGUUUAGAGGAGCCGGUGAAUGGCUGCUGCCCUGGGGCCUCUUUGCACCGUAUGGCCUACAACUAUAAGGGGCAGGUCCGGAUCCGGGCAGGACAGCCCAUAUAUGAGUGUAACUCCCGAUGCAGCUGUGGCCCCGAUUGUCCCAACAGAGUGGUGCAGAGGGGCAUCCAGUUUGACCUGUGCAUCUUUAAGACAGAGAACGGCAGAGGAUGGGGUGUCCGCACACUGCAGCAUAUCAGGAAGAACACAUUUGUUAUGGAGUAUGUAGGAGAGAUUAUCACAACAGAUGAAGCAGAGAGGAGGGGUCACGUGUACGACCGCCAAGGAUCUACAUACCUGUUUGACCUGGACUAUGUGGAGGAUGUGUACACAGUCGAUGCUGCUCACCUAGGCAACAUCUCCCACUUUGUCAACCAUAAUUGUAAUCCCAACCUGCAGGUUUUCAAUGUGUUCAUUGAUAACAUUGAUGAGAGGCUCCCAAGAAUCGCUUUAUUUUCAACACGGGCUAUUCGGGCAGGAGAAGAGCUCACCUUUGACUACAAAAUGCAAAUUGAUCCAGUUGACACAGAAAGCACCAAAAUGGACUCCAGUUUCAGUCUAGCGGGGCUCCCGAGCUCGCCAAAGAAGAAGAUUCGAGUAGAGUGUCGGUGUGGAUCAGACUCAUGUCGAAGAUACCUGUUCUGAUGAGAGUUUGCAGGAAAGCAUCAUUUUUUGUAAAGAUGUCAAAAAAUUGUACAGAUUUUUAUUUUAUUUGUUUAUUUAGCUUAAACCCACUAUCAACUUGACAAACUUAAAAGUAAAAAAUCAGUUUUAUAUUUGUAAUUGACUUGACAUGAGGGGGUUAUUUGUCUACUAAAUUCCAAUCAUAUUAUAUAUCUUCCUCCUUCCAAUUUUUGCAAGACAAGUGAUGUGGUCUAUAUAUAUUAGCCAAUCACUACAGAGUGCAGUAUAAUAAUGACUCGCUGUUGACUUGAGUAAAUUAUUACCUGUGAUUGCUUUCUAUGAACUCUGUACAUGUUUUCGACAUGCACAGUAGGGGGAUUGAGCCAUGGUAGCAGUGUCCCACCAUUUCGCUCGCUGGUCAGUCUGGGUCAUCAGUAUAGUUGAAGUCUUGUGACUGUCAAGGCUACAGCAUAUAAUUGAUAUACUUUUUAUUCUCAUAAAACCAUUCAGUGAGCCUUCAUGUUCAACAGAGGAGGGCACUGUCAUCCUGGUUCGCCACUCCUUUUUCAAGCUUUUCUUUCAUUUGCCAGCUGUCUGCAAGGGAGUGCGUGAGCAUGCGUUUCUGUCAAUCUGUGUUGAAGUCAGAAGUGGUGGGGGGAAAGUUGUGACAUAGCAAAAGUCUGUUUCAAGAUAUGUUAUAGAUGUGUUCAAUGUCACUGUUUGGAAAGUAUAUGGGUGAAAGGCUAAAACAGGAUAACAACAAUUAACAUUAUCAGGGGGUAAAACUAUCUGCAUUUAUGAAGCCCAUCUGGGACAGGUGAGAAUUUUUUAAUGAACUGAGCCUUUCAUUACCCAUUCUCUCUGAAUAAGAUGUAUUAUCUGGUCAAAUAGCUGAU